CGCGCGCGCCAAGGCCGGGGGACCCCCUCCCCACUCCCCGGGGGCGCAGGGCACACGGUUCGGAAGAUCGAGAAAGUGCAGCUGUCCCCGGUCCCCUCGGUCGGACGCGGGGCCCCUGGACCAUGGCUCUGAAGGACACGGGCAGCGCGGGCAGCACCAUCCUGCCCAUCAGCGAGAUGGUCUCCGCGUCCGCGCCGCCCGGGGCGGCAUCGGCGGCGGCGGCGGCGGCGGCCCCGGGGUCCUGCGCGCCCGCGCCCUCGCCCUUCCCCGAGGUGGUGGAGCUGAACGUGGGCGGCCAGGUGUACGUGACCAAGCACUCGACGCUGCUCAGCGUCCCGGACAGCACGCUGGCCGCGAUGUUCUCGCCCUCCGGCCCCCGGGGCGGCGGCGGCGGCGGCGCGCGGCGGCGGGGCGAGCUGCCCAGGGACAGCCGGGCGCGCUUCUUCAUCGACCGCGACGGCUUCCUGUUCAGGUACGUGCUGGACUACCUGCGGGACCGGCGGCUGGCGCUGCCCGAGCACUUCCCCGAGAAGGAGCGCCUCCUGCGCGAGGCCGAGUACUUCCAGCUCGCCGACCUGGUGCAGCUGCUGGCGCCCAAGGUCGCCAAGCAGAACUCGCUCAACGACGAGGGCUGCCAGAGCGACCUGGAGGACACGCUGUCGCAGGGCAGCAGCGACGCGCUCCUGCUGCGGGGGGCGGCGGCGGGCGCGCCCUCGGGGCCCGGGGCGCACGGCGGCGGCGGCGGCGGCAUUGGCCUUGGCCUUGGCGGCGGCGGCGGCGGGACGGACCGGCGCUCGGGCUUCCUGACGCUCGGCUACCGCGGCUCCUCCACGGCCGUGCGGGAUCAGCAGGCGGACGCCCGGUUCCGGCGGGUGGCGCGCAUCCUGGUGUGCGGGCGCAUCGCGCUGGCCAAGGAGGUCUUCGGGGACACGCUCAACGAGAGUCGGGACCCCGACCGGCCGCCCGACAAGUACACGUCCCGCUUCUACCUCAAGUUCACGCACCUGGAGCAGGCGUUCGACCGGCUGUCCGAGGCCGGCUUCCACAUGGUGGCGUGCAACUCCUCCGGCGCCGCCGCCUUCGUGCACCAGUACCGCGACGACAAGGUCUGGAGCAGCUACACCGAGUACAUCUUCUUCCGAUCAUCUCAGCAAAUGUUUCUGCUUCUUUCUUUACAGAAAAAAAGUGGGAGCUGCUACAUUCUUUCAUCUUCCUGCCCAUUCAUCUUCCUUAUGCCAAACCUACAAAUCUAUGCACAGCUCAGUCCAUCUUAUCUGCCUUCCCUUAUGUUACAAUAACAGAGGAACUUUUUUCCCCUCUCUGUCCUAGGAUGCUUUUCUGCUCUAUGCUCUGGGUCCCAUCACUUCUAUAAUAUCUUAUUAGAAAUAUUACAAGAAUGCUUCUAAUUUUUGUUUUUGGCAUUCAGCCUCUCUCUGAAUUGUGUCCUUCCCGUUAGCUUUCAAACUUGCCAGAGUCCUUUCCACUAGAAGAACAAUGAAAUGCCCCCAAAGUUAUUCUUAUUUUUUUUAAUCCAAUUACCCCCUCACUCAGCCGAAGUUUUUGAAGAUACUACUUAUCUCUAUCCAGUUAUCUCUCUGCACAGCUGAACUUAUUGAAAGAAUGGUCUGUGUUUUGAUGUCAGUAUUUUCUUAUUUUCACUUUGUGCUUACAUCUUAGCAUACUCCAAUGUGGCUGUUGAUCCUUAGCACAUCUUUAAAACAGCCUCUUCACAGGUCUCCAGGUUUUCCAUCCAUGCAUUAAAACCAGCAGCUAUCUUUAUUUCCUCAUUUAUUUCUACCUCUUAUCAGCAUUUGCCUUGUUGACUAUUCUGAUAGUCUUGAAACACACAUUUUUUUUUUUUUUUUUGGCUCCUGUGCAUCUGUCUGUUCAGUUUGCACCUAACUGGAGGACAAAAUCUAAUGUGUGAUUCUCUAUCCAAGCCUUGUACAAGAGCAUGGACCAGUGUCAGAUCAGAAGGAAGAGGAGAUUUUUCUAUUCAUCCAUUCAUAAGGGGUACUUUCAGGGUUCUUAAUUUUAUGACACAACAGUAUAUUUAUCUCUUUGGCUCUUCCUUUUGCUUUCUUUGUGGGUUUAUCAUUCUCUACCUAGCAUUUAAAUAUUAAAGUUACUUGAUUUGUUCUAUCUCACAGCUCACCAUUCCCAUGUUACUCAAAGUUCACUGUCACUGAUCAUUAUCUUACAUGUCUAUAGCUCCCAAAUUUAGGUCCAUAACGUAUACUUCUCCUUUGAGAACAUACCUACCCAACUCCUAUUGGAAAUUUCUGUGUGAAUAUUAUGUCCAACUUAACAAGUCCAAAAAUUCAUAAUUUUCUCCCUUCUUUUUCCCACUCCUACCACCACCUAAUUCUAUUUUAGUGAUGUCUCUUGCAGCAAAUGGCCAUCUUAUAACAUUAUGAUACACAGACCAGAGACCUAGUAAUCUUCCUUGACAUAUCCUUUUACUUGUUUUUAUUUUAGAGUUGAAAGGAGUUGUCGGCAUUUGCUCAUUUAAAAGUAUUUAAUUUGAGUGAAUCUUCUGACAUUUGAUUCCCAAAUUCUUUGCAUAAUCUCUGAGCAGUUUUAGGAAAAAAGAAGGAGCCUAGUAUUUAUGAGAUUCUCAAAGGGGUCUAUAAUCCAUCUAUCUAUCUAUCUAUCUAUCUAUCUAUCUAUCUAUCUAUCCGCACACAUACACAUAUUCAGUGUUCAUAGCUCAGUGGGAUUAAAAAAGCUCAUAUUUCUUCUUCAUUGUUGACUCAAGUAAACAAUAAUCUCAUGGUACAUUUAUUACUUUUUUCCCUGGCUACCUUUCUAGUCCUCAUUUAUCUUUAGAAUCCUGGCUUUACUUUUAGAGGGAAAUGAAGUUCAUCGUCUCUUGUGGACCCUUCUCUGGACCAAGAACUUUUUUGCCAGCUUACAUUAGCAGGAAUUGGGUCACAUUUUAUUAAGUAGACAGGCUUGUAGACAGUCUCUGGAAACACAGCUGUGUCAGUUAAUGAACUGCAAAGAAGCUCUUAUUUCACUGAUGUCUUGACAAUUUACAGGAUAAUGAACAGCAGGGCUGUUACUAAUGGAAUAUUUUGUGUUCUGGGUGUUAUGAUUGCUUACUUCAAAAAUUGCUAAAGAAUAGGAAAGUAUGUACCCUGCUCUGUGUAAUGGGUGCUCACCGAAGACACAAAAUAAGGGUCUCAACUUUACUAAUUUGGGUCAGGUGUUCUCAACUACAGUAGUGUUGACAUUUUGGGACCAAUAAUGCUUUAGUAUGGGGGUUGAGCUGUGUUAGUACUGUUGCUGACAUUUACUCAAUAGAUACCAGUAGCACACUCAUCUUGUCCCCUUUUCCCAGUUGUGACAACCAAAAAUGUCUCCUGAUAUUGCCAAAUGUCUGAGGUGGUGGUGGUGGUGACAAAAUUGCCUUAGUUGAGUUGACUUAGAUCAAUGUUAAAAUUUAUGCUGGAAACUGAAGCAGUCAGAUUCAUGAGUAGUAAAAUAGAGUUGUGGUAGGUCAAUCUCUUUCUUAGCCCAAAACAAUAACAGAAACAACAGCCAUUACUCCCACCCUUGGACUGAGGGCAUGGAAAGGAAUGUUUGCUGGAUAUAAACCAAGUGCCAGGUGCUAUCCUAGGCCUUGGAUGUUAUUUCUUUUACUCCUCCUAAUAGCCCCAUGAGGACAACAUUGUGGCUCUCAUUCUGCUACCAUGAGAACUGAGACAGGGUGAUUAAGCUACCUCCCCAGGGUCAAUCAUCUGUUAGGUGGUGUGGUUGGGAAGAAACCUAGCCAGACCCAUCUCUAAACCCAAUUUUUUUCCUGCCUCAUUCCACUGUGCCCUUAAAACAUCUUUCUUUGUUAAGUUUCAUUCUUCCUGUCAAUGAAACCAUGGUUCUAAGCAUUCAGUAUUCUGUUUUAAUUUUUAUCUAUUAAUAAAAUUAUUAGCUCUACUUUAAGUGUGAUAUGGUUUUCUGUUUUAAAUGAACACAAUAAAAUUUUAGAAUAGAUCCUUUAAAAAUAUAUAAACUCUCAAAGGAAUUCUAAUAUAGUAGAUUUUUUCUUGCCUAUGGGGUUGGCUUUUCCUCCACUCCUAUAUACCCACAUUAGAAAUACACUAGUAUGGUAUCUCAAAGGUAUUCACUCCAACAAUUGGUAAUGGAGAAAAACACCUCUCAUAUUACAAACACCUCAAUUCCUAAAUAUUAAUACCU